UAGAAAUUGUUAUAGCCCAAUGCCCAUACGACAUAGGUAGGUAAUGUGAAUUCAAUCUAAUUCAUAAAUAGGUAUUCUAAACUGUUACCACUAUUAGACUAUCUAUUGUGAAAACUACCGACUAUUUUGAAAUAUAUUAAAUAAAAUUAAUGUGAUCGGUAAUUUGCGUUUCUCUUUUCUCGUAUUAUAAUAAUCGUUUGUGUCGAGAUAAAACCAUUCUAAUUUGUUCUUUCCAUUGACAUUGUUGUAAAAAUGAGCUACACGAACGAAGAAUACUGUUUGAAAUGGGAAAACCAUAGUGGUAAUUUGACCGAAGUACUGUCUUCGUUCUUAAAGAAUGAAAAUUUGGUUGACGUCACCAUCGCUUGUCACAGUAAUUUCGAAAAGUUACAUAUGGUGAAGGCACACCAAAUGGUUUUGUCUGCUUGUAGCUCUUAUUUUGAACAGCUAUUUUUGCAAAAUUCACACCCACAUCCAAUAGUAUACCUCAGAGGCGUCAGUUAUGAACAAAUGGAAAUCAUAUUGGACUUUAUGUACAAGGGCCAAGUGACUGUAAAACAUGAAAUUAUGGAAGAAGUUUUGUGUACAGCCAGAUCGUUGAUGGUACGCGGUCUUGGUGAAGAAAGUUCACCAAUUGUGGACAAAAGAUCGCUUCCUGAAUACCAAGAGAAUAUGACUAACACUAAACGAAUUAAAAUAUGGAAUAAAAAAAAUACUCCAGAUCAUUAUACAGUACAGUUGAGCCAGGACAACCAAGACAUGGUUAGACCAAUUAUGACAAAACCGGAAUUGCAUGAUGAUAGUUAUGACAAAGAUACUGUAAUUAAACAAGAAACUUCUAGCUCGAUGAGUGCAGAAGAGAAUUACGAAGCCAAAGAAAAUGCAUAUAGUGAUAAUAAUACGCUUAUAGACCCUAACAUAUCACCAACGUCUCACCAAAUGGAAUUAAAUGAUUAUUUAACGACAGCUCAUCGUGCUGUGUAUGACAAUACGCUACCUGAAGAUUUGUCUUGCACAAAAAAAACAAAACUACAAGCAACAGAAGCACAACAUCAGCAGGUGCGACAUCGUUUUAGAGCUGACUGGCUAAAAUCGUAUAAUUGGUUGGCGUACGACUGUCAUGAAAAUAUUAUGUUUUGCAAAAGCUGUCGUCGCUGGAGUGAGGUGUUAAACGAUGUAAAAACAUCAUUUGCUAAAGGCAGCUGUAAUUUCAGAAGAGAAAUAUUGAACCAUCAUGCUCGUUCUAAGGCGCACAAAAACUGUAUGGCUAAAGAGAUUGACGAACUGAAUAGAAGUAGUUCUGUUCAUUACCAUACAUCGAUUUGAAGUGAACUGUUAGAAAAUCAUUUGGUUAAUGAUUCAAUUUUAGAACAAUAUUUAUUAUUUUAUUUAUCAUUCAAAUUGAAACUUUGUUACCUCUAACUUGUAUUUAUUUAUACAGUUUUUUUUUACAAGAAGUAAGCGUUUUUUGGUUUAAUUGUUGAUUUUGUUUAUAUUGCGUUAUAUUCAUUUAUAUCGCAAGUAAAAAAAUGGUGGUUAGGUAAUUGACUAUUAAAAUUUGUUGAGUUAUGUUAAAUGGUUUUUAUGAUUUAAAAAUAAGUUACUGUUGCAUUAAAAAAAGUUAGUAAAUAGUUUUAUUAUUUUUUGUUAUGUUUUUAUAAAUCAAAAUCAAGUGAAAAAAUGUUAUUAUUUGAACUAUUAUCAAAAAAUUAUUUGGGAGUUAUAUAUUUAUAGGAGUGUUG